AUGGACCCUGGAGACCCCGAGGAAAGGUCUGCUGCCGCUGACCCCGCCGCUGACCCCGCCGCUGACACCACUGGUGGCCGGGACCUGCGCCUGUUCCUGCAGACCCUGCAGACGCUGUGGUCCACUCGGGAGCUGCGACAGCUCCGGGAGGAAGCCUGGAAGGGGUUCGCCACCCUGGAUGACCCGCUCGCCACUCUCCUGGACAUGCUGGACGCCAGCCGGGGCUGCAGGGGGCGGGGCCCCUCACUGGAGGCCUGGGUAGCCCGCGAGCUAGAGCGCUGGCUGCAGACACAGCUGCGCCCGGGGCCCGCCCAGGGCGACCCAGCACUGAAGCCGCUGCAGGUCCGUGCAGUCCGGCUCCUCACUGAGGGCCCCCUCAGCCUAGUGGAGCCGCUGGUCAGCAUCUUCCAGCUGCAGGAUGCAGACCGGAGCGCUGUGCUGGCUCACAUUCACCGGCUGCACCAGGAGGGCAAGUUCAAAGAGGCCAUCGUGCUGGGCACGAAGCUGCAGCUGCAGGCAGAUCUCGACGUGGAGAAGGUGUGUGUGCCCCUGCUCCUGCAGAAUAAGGUGGACCUCGUAGAGCGCUACGUGGACAGCCUGCCCCACCUCCAGCGGAGGCUGCUGACCCUCAUGGACUCCUGGUGCCAGCCCGGCUUUGACAUCAGGGCCGUCGCCAGGCAGUACCCGCAGGCGCCCCUGCGGCUGGAGAGGCUGAGCCCCAGAGCCCUGGGUCGGCAGGUGCUGCGGCUGCUGGAGCAGUUCAGCCUGGACCCCGCCCUGUGUCCCAGCGCGCUCACUCAGCAGCGCCUGGCUGCCCUGCGGUGCCUGUGCUACAAGCGGCUGGUGGAGAGAAGCAUGUCCCAGGAGAGCUGGGCUGAGCUGGUGCAGGGCCUGGUGGGGCAGGAUGAGUGGCUGCAGGAGCAGCUGCUACAGUUGCUGGCCUCUCAGGAUGACGUGGCCACGGUCGCCCAGUGUGCCCUGGACCUCUUGUUGCCUGAGGAGCGACUCCCAGCCACAGUAGUGGAAGAAAUGAGCCAACUCAGGCUCCAGGAGAGGACGGCCAAGGCACCGUCAGAGCACAGGCGAGACGACUGCUACCAGCUGCCCAUCACCAGGGAGGACAUCUACUUCCUGGCCUCCUGGGAGGACCUGGCCAGGCAUGAGGACGUGCUCCUGCAGCCGGGUCAGGUGGUCGGUGUGGACCUGGAGUGGAGACCGUCUUUCGGUGUGGGCGGCCGGCCCCGGGUGUCACUCAUGCAGGUGGCCGUGGCGGGCCGUGUGUUCCUGCUGGACCUGCCCCGGCUCUUGAGUCCCACAGGAGGGCAGGCGCCCCGGGCCUUCUCCCAUCUGGUGUCCCGGCUGCUCUCAGACCCCUCCAUCACCAAGCUGGGUUAUGGGAUGGCGGGGGACCUGCGGAGCCUGGGUGCAUCCUACCCAGCCCUGGCGCAGGCCGUGCAGAAGCUGCAGGGUGGCCUGGACCUGCUGCCGGCACACAGACAGAUGCGGGUGGCGGACAGGCCAGCCCCAGCUGUGGACAGGGCCGCAGGGCCGCGAGGCCUUAGCCUCCUGGUGCAGCAGGUGCUGGGCAAGCCCCUGGACAAGAUGCAGCAGCUCUCCAACUGGGACCGGCGGCCGCUGGGCGAGGAGCAGCUGGUCUAUGCAGCUGCGGAUGCCUACUGCCUGCUGGAGGUGUACUGGGAGCUGUGCAGAGAGCCUGCCCGCUUCCACCUGCCGGGGGCCCUGCCCUGGAGCCUGGGGCUGGGACGCAGCGAGAGAUGCGGGACUCAGGAGCCGCCCCCGCAGAAGGCCUCGGCCUCCCCCCGGCAAGCUGUGUUGCAGGUGCGCUCACCUGAGGACGCAGCCCCCGAGGUCCCAGCCCGGGCCUUCCGCGUGGUGUGUGACAAUAUGCUGGGGGGGCUGGCGCGGACACUCCGCUGUCUGGGCGUCGACGUGCGGGUGCUGCACUCAGGCGAGGACCACCGGCAGGCCGCCGAGGUUGCCAGGCAGGAGGGGAGGGUCAUCCUGACCUCAGGGCUGCCAUACCACAAGCUCCGGGCCCAGGUUGGGGCUGGGCGCUGCCUGGCAGUGGACUGCUCCCUCAAGGCCCAGCAGCAGGCAAAGGCCGUCAUCAGGCAUUUCAACGUGCGUGUCACCCCCGCGGACAUCUUCAGCCGCUGCCAGGCCUGCAACUGUGACCAGUACCUGAGGGUCUCCAAGGACGUGAUGAAGCAGCUGGUGCAGCUCAGCGUCCACCCAGGAGGCCCCGGUGGUGCUGGUGAGUGGGGCUCCUUGGGGUCUGUGGGGUGGCCGCUUCCAUGUCCAGGCUCAGCCCUGGAGGAGGCCCCCGAGGGCUGCGCCUACGACCCCCCUUGCCGUUGGCUGGAGGACACGGACCUGCAGACCCGCGUGCCAGCCACGCUGGCCAACGGCACCCAGCUGCAGCUGGCGGGCGUCCCAGCGGGCGUGCUGCGGCGGCCCGGGCUGCAGCAUUUCUACUGCUGCACCGGCUGCGGCAAAGUCUUCUGGGAAGGCUCCCACCUGGCCCGAGUCACCAGCAACUUCCAAGAGGUCCUGGAGGGCGCCCCCUGCCCAGCCAGCGGCCCCUCCUGA